AUGCGUAUUAGCGAGCAACGUUAUGUACCAAAAAAAAAAGUCCGGGAGCCUUAUUCUAAACAAGAGUUGGUCGGUAGAGGUGCUUAUGGUUCUGUUUAUAAAGGUAUAAAUAACGACACAAACCAAGUUGUAGCCAUAAAAGUGCUAAAUUUGGAUACUGAAGAAGACGAUGUUGGAGACAUUAUAAAAGAAAUAAAUUUGCUUUCAUUACUUAAUAGUGAGUCGCAAAACAUUACUAGAUAUUAUGGAAGUUUUCUUCAUGGUACAAAAUUAUGGAUUAUUAUGGAAUAUGCAGCUGGUGGGAGCAUUAGGACUUUGUUGAAAGCUGGUGCAAUAGAAGAAAAAUAUAUAUCUAUUAUUACGAGAGAAGUUUUACUAGCAAUAAGUUAUUUGCAUAGGUGUAAAAUUAUUCAUCGGGAUAUAAAGGCGGCAAACAUUUUGCUAACGGCCGAAGGAAAAGUACAACUUUGCGAUUUUGGUGUCGCUGGACAGUUGACUGCCUCAAAUGCAAAACGCACUUCAUAUUGGAUGGCGCCUGAAGUUAUCACUGAAGGGGCUGCAUAUGAUACUAAGGCAGAUAUAUGGUCUUUAGGUAUUACUGUAUACGAAAUCACAACCGGUAACCCGCCGUAUCAUGACCAAAGCGCAAUGAGAGCUAUUCAACUUAUUCCUAAGAAUAGGCCAGCUACACUUGAAGGUCCUUAUUCUCCACCGUUAAAAGAGUUUGUAGCUAUUUGUCUUAACGAAAUAUCUGAAGACCGUCCAACGGCUGAUGAUUUAAUGAAAAAUAAAUUCAUAAAAAGUUCCUCAAAGAAUUCUAUUGGAAUAUUACGUGAUCUCAUUGCGCGAUUUGAACAAUGGAAACAGGCAACCGGUUAUCGUCAAUCAUUUUCAGAUCCGUACGGAACUCCAUCAAGUGAAAGUGAUUCCUACGACUUUGAAGAUGGUCAAAAAGAAGAUGAGGAUGCUUGGGUAUUUGAUACAACGCAAACUAUUGUAACACAUCGCAAAUCGCGUUCUUUAGGGUCAUUACACAAUGAUGGCUCGGAUCAAUUAUCUCCCGUUAUCGAAGAUGAGGAGCAUGUAUUAUCGAUAGAUAAUAAACUUAAAUCUCAGGAGAAUGAAGAUGUAGAUCGGACUGUUUUACCCAGAGACAAUACCAUUAGAUAUGGUCGAAUUAUUUCUGAUGGACUUCUAUCUCCCCCUACUCAAAUGUUUCACCGAAAAUAUUCAGAGUCUCAUCAUCCAUUGCUUCAACUUUUUCAGAAUGAAGAAAAAACUCAAAUGGACAAUAUGUCAAAAGAAUCUUCUCCAGCAAGUAGUUUUCGUAAUCCUACAAUAUCUAUACCACCUAUGAAUAUAAUGUCUGCGAUGCCGAGCGUAGAAGACUCACCUUCGCGUAUAAUAUUCGAUAAUUUGCAUUCUCAGCAUAUUAAUACGAAAUUAAAAGAUGAUGGAUCCGAAAACAAUUCUUUGGACGGAAAAUUGAAAUCGUCUUUAUAUGCAUCUGAUUUAUCUACUACCACUGAUUCCUCAUUCACCCGAAUCGACACAUCGACUCCAAUUGAGAUUGUUAUUCCCACUGAUAAUUCACAAACGACAAAUUCAUCUCAAAAAAUAAUUCCGUCUUCUCAACCAGAACCUAAUGGCCUUUUAUCGCCUACUGCCAUGUCAAAUCCAAAACAUAUUCCGAAAAGAGAAGAAAGUGGCUACUUUUCAAUUAAUCACGGACAACAAUUAAACGAUUCAACGGGAAAUAAAACGUCUAAUUCCUCAGCUCAUGAUAAUAAUAGUUUAGGAGGAUUGUUAACACCCCCACUAAUAGGCCAUAUGAUUUCUAAAUCAACCAGUGAGGUACUUAAUGUUAAUCAUUCAUUUUCAUCGUCAUUCGGAAAAUUGAACCAUGUUAAACAUAAUCCUACAAGACAUGGAAGUUACGACAAUCAAAUGGACCCAUCCAUAGGAUUUCCACUUCAUAAGCCAAAUAGUCAAGGAAAAAUUUAUCCUCCACAACCAGCACGUCGUGUAAGAUCUGCAACGACGUUAAAUCAAACGAAUGAGUUUAGACAUAUGCACAAAGAUAGUAAGGGCAAUGAUAUAGAGAUAAGCAAUAAAUUCAGUGGUAAUUUAGGAGUAGGCAUACCCAGUCAGCGAAGUGGCAGUGUGCAUCGACCCUCAAAGUCCAAACCCGGACUUACCGAGGAUAAUACCUCAUCUUCACAUUUGCUACCACCAUCCCCAUCUACCUCUAAAUUCCUCAAUAAUUCAGCUUUACCUUCUCAAGGAUCACCUACGCGGCAAAUAAUUACAAAUCAAUCAUCAAUAAUAUUAAAUACAGGACCCGAACUUCGUCCAUUAAAGAUGGAUAAUUAUCGUGGUACUAGUGAAGUUUAUGAGGAUUUAACAAAAACUACAGAUGAUCUUUUACAGUGGAUGACACUUUUAGAAGCUG